AUGUCGAGCGUAGCCAUGUCGAGCCAGAGCAACAUCGACUUGAUGGUGGAGCGCUUCAGCAAGCCAGAGACAGAUCUCAAGGCCAAAGUAGACGCCGCCAUCCUGCUGCGCGACAGCCUCGAGCACUACGUUACCGGCCAAAUCUACAAGACGUUCCUGGAGAAGCUCAUCCCGAUAUUCAUCACGAUUCUCAAGAGCCCCCCGGUUUUCGUCAGCACAUCUUUGGAGCAGAAAUUGAGACACUGCGUACUCGAAAUCCUCCACCGGCUGCCCACGAACCCCCUCGAUACCUUUGAACCAUUCGCGGAGGAAGUAGUGGACUUAUUAAUGAACCUGGUCAGAAUAGAUAAUGAGGAAAAUGCUUCACUAUGUGUCAAGACAAUCAUGGAUAUUAUGCGGCAUCAGACCAAAGUGCUGCAAGAUAAGGUCCAGCCGUUCCUCACUCUCAUCCAAGAGCUUUUCGACCAGAUGGAAGCGGUGGUCAGAGAUCAAUUAGAUAAUCCUACACCCAAUGUCCCAUCUACGCCCGGCAGCUCACAGACUUUUCAAAACUCUCCCCGGCCAGGCUCACCAGUCGCUUCCGUGUCAGAUCUGGGCGCAGACCCCCAGCAACAGACACGACCGUUGCUGAAGGGCAUGCAGUCGUUUAAGGUGCUUGCGGAGUGCCCUAUCAUCGUUGUGUCCAUAUUUCAAGUCUACCGAGCUACUGUUGGGCCCAAUGUCAAGCUCUUUGUGCCUCUGAUCAAGAAUGUGCUCGUCCUCCAGGCCAAGCCCCAGGAACAGGCCCAUGCUGAUGCCGCCGCAAAAGGCACCAUAUUCACAGGCGUCAGUCCCAAUGUCCGGAAUCGAGCUGCUUUUGGGGAGUUCAUUACAGCUCAGGUCAAGACCAUGAGCUUUUUGGCGUACCUGCUUCGGGCUUAUUCUCAACAACUCACAGAUUUCCUGCCGACUUUACCCAAUAUCAUUGUUCGGCUGCUCAAGGACUGCCCGCGAGAGAAGUCUGGUGCGAGAAAGGAACUUUUGGUGGCGAUCCGACACAUUAUCAACUUCAACUUCCGGAAGAUAUUCUUGACAAACAUUGAUGAACUUUUAGACGAGAAGACCUUGAUAGGUGAUGGCCUCACGGUCUAUGAAACGAUGCGGCCUCUUGCUUACAGCAUGCUGGCUGAUCUCAUUCAUCAUGUCCGUGAUGCUCUUGAACCGCAGCAAAUCCGUAAGACGGUUGAGGUUUACACCAAGAAUCUGCAGGACAGCUUUCCAGGUACCAGCUUCCAGACUAUGAGCGCCAAGCUACUGCUCAACAUGGCUGAAUGCAUUGCAAAGAUGCCCAACAAGGCCGAUGCUCGUCACUACCUGAUCAUGAUCUUGAACGCCAUUGGAGACAAGUUCGCGGCGAUGAACCGGCAGUAUCCCAAUGCUGUGAAGCUGUCCAAAUUGUACGCCCAGCAGUCCAUUGAUGCUUCACCAGACAACUAUCUGGCGGACAAGGACCACCCCCCCGAUUGGGACGAAAUCGAUAUCUUCACAGCCAUGCCUAUCAAGACAUCGAAUCCGAGAGAUCGUGGAGCCGACCCGGUGGCGGACAAUAAGUUCUUGUUCAAGAACCUUAUGAAUGGCUUGAAGAAUACAUUUUAUCAGUUGAAAGCCUGCAACGUUGGCACACCAAUCGAUUCGGCGAAUGCACCAGCUCACUGGCAAGAGGUUUCGUAUGGCUUCACCGCAGAGGAAGUUCAAGUAAUCAUCAAGCUCUUCCGAGAAGGUGCCUACGUCUUCCGGUACUAUGAAAUUGACAAACCAGCAACCGAGUCACAGUACACGUCUCCCGUCGAGUUCUUGGCCAACCACUACAUGGUGUCAAGCAGCAAGGAGGAGAAGGACCUUUUGGAGACUUUCGCUACCGUAUUCCAUUGCAUCGAUCCUGCCACUUUCCAUGAGGUGUUCCACGAAGAGAUCCCCAAACUCUACGAUAUGAUCUUCGAGCAUACUGCGCUGCUCCACGUCCCGCAAUUUUUCCUCGCAAGUGAAGCAACGUCUCCAAGCUUCGCCGGAAUGCUUCUAAGAUUCCUGAUGGAUAGAAUUGAUCAAGUCGGGACGGCUGAUGUCAAGAAGUCCUCAAUCCUUCUUCGACUGUUCAAGCUCGCGUUCAUGGCGGUCACACUCUUUGCUAACCAGAAUGAGCAGGUUCUUCUACCGCACGUUCUCGACAUUGUCACAAAGUCUAUCGAGCUUUCGACAACUGCUGAAGAGCCUAUGAACUACUUUUUGCUACUCAGAUCACUCUUCCGCAGCAUUGGUGGUGGCAAGUUCGAGCAUCUCUACAAGCAAAUUCUUCCGCUGCUAGAGAUGUUACUUGAAGUGUUGAAUAAUCUGCUUUUGGCAGCUCGAAAGCCAGCUGAUCGUGACCUCUACGUCGAACUGUGCCUCACUGUUCCAGCACGAUUGAGCAAUUUGCUCCCUCAUCUUAGCUACCUCAUGCGACCUCUUGUCGUUGCACUGAGAGCAGGAUCAGAUCUUGUGGGUCAGGGCUUGCGGACACUGGAACUCUGUGUGGAUAACCUCACGGCGGAUUACCUGGACCCUAUUAUGGCACCUGUGAUUGACGAAUUAAUGACAGCCUUGUUUGAUCACCUACGACCCACCCCGUACAGCCAUUUCCAUUCCCACACCACAAUGCGUAUUCUUGGCAAGCUCGGAGGCCGUAACCGCAAGUUCAUGACUGGAGCUCAUGCGUUGACCUUCCAGCAGUAUUCGGAUGAUCUGACCAGCUUUGAUCUCAGGCUUUGGGGCUCGAAGAAGGAAAGAGCCUUUCCAGCCGAGAUUGGAAUCGACCUGGCCAUCGGGAAACUCAUGGAAGUAGUGAAAGGACCUGCUGCCAGCAAAUCGGAUGUCUACUACAAGCAGCAAGCGUUGCACUUAAUCAAGACCCAGCUGAAGCUCCGUCUUGGCACCGAUAACCUCCCCGACGACUUCGGACGACUUGUACGCCUACAAGCCCAGGACCUAGUAGCAAUGAAAUGCGAAGUAGACCUGUCCGCGCUGGAAAACUUUGACAAAGAGCGUUCGAUCGUCAAAAAAGAUGGCCAGGAUGUGAUGCUGAAGAAGCUCAUCAAAGCCUCCAUCUUUGCCGUAUCGUUGCCCGAGUUUUCAGCCGAGGCUACCACUCUCUUGAUGAAUACUUGCAAGCAUCUGGCUUUCCUAGAUCUUGGUAGAUCACUAGCAGAGAUGCGACAAAAGAUGCAAUACUUCAAUGUUGAACCUGGAAAAGGGCGUCUAUAUAUCAAUUCCCGUGUUCUUGGAGAUGCUGUUGUUGAAUGCUUAUCUUCCGAUGUCCCCGCUGUUCGAGACGCUGCCCAGCUUGCAGUACAAGAGGUCUAUGACACCGCUGCUACCUUUUUCGGAUCAGAGACCGAGGUUUGUCGACUGCAAUUCUUCACACAUUUGAGCAACCUCUCUUGCCACAACUGCUACGAAGAAGAGUGGUUCUCGAAAGCUGGAGGUAGUGCCGGUAUCCACUUCCUCAUCACCAAGGUUAAAAUGGGUGAUGCCUGGGUGCAUGAACGACAAAUUGAGUUCGUGAAGGCACUCAUGUAUGUUAUCAAGGACAUGCCGCCAGAUCUUCCCGCGAAGACUAGACGAGGCGCCCAGGACACACUCGAAAUUUUGCUCAAACGGAUCUCCAAGAACGCUACCAAGGCAGACCUUCAAGCACCACCACCUGCUCAGAAUGGCCAACAAUCUCGCCCGACCAAGUUGUUCCAGCUCUGUGCGUUCCUCAAUUUGGAAUUGUGCCACAUGAACCGUCACGUACGGGAGGCGACGAAGAAAUCCUUGGAAAUCAUUUCGAAAGAGAUUGGGGCUGAAAUACACGAGCUGCUCGAGCCAAGCAAAGACCGGUGCAUCCAACCUAUCUAUGCCAAACCCUUGCGUGCUUUGCCGUUCGGUGUCCAGAUCGGCUUCAUUGAUGCCAUUACCUACUACAUGGGGUUGAAAUCAGACUUCAUUAUCUUUGACGAUCAUCUGAAUCGACUGCUUAUGGAGUCUCUCGCCCUGGCUGAUGCACCAGACGAGUCCUUGGCUGGCAAGCCUGCUGAGUAUCGGACGCACGAGUCGAUCGUCAAUCUCCGCGUUGCCUGUAUCAGGAUGCUCACGACAGCAAUGGGUUUCGAAGAUUUCCAAAAAGGUCCAACGAACCCCACCCGGACCAAAAUUGUGUCUGUAUUUUUCAAAUGUUUGUACUCGGACUCCAAGCAAACUAUCGAAGCUGCGAAUGUUGCAUUAAAACAGGUUCUUGUCCAGACCUCAAAGCUCCCCAAAGAACUGUUGCAAAAUGGAUUACGCCCUGUGCUUGCGAAUCUUCAAGACCCGCGGCGAUUGAGCACUCACGGUCUCGAUGGUCUUGCCAGACUCUUGCAACUUUUGACCACUUAUUUCAAGGUCGAGAUCGGAUCCAGAUUGCUCGACCAUACCAAGGUCUUGGCGGAACCGAACAUCCUCCAGCGCAUCUCUUUCUCGCUGAUCGAACAAAAUGAGCAAAUGAAGAUUAUCGCCGCUGUCUUCAACAUCUUCCAUCUGCUACCACCUGCUGCAGAACACUUCAAGGAACGCUUAAUCGAGACGGUCCUGGAUCUCGAGGGAAAGCUCCGCCGGACACGAUACAGCCCCUUCCGAGCGCCUCUAUACAAGUACCUAAAUCGCUACCCGAAAGAUAUUUGGUUGAUGCUCCUAGGUAAGAUCGAGGAUCAGAAGUAUGGUCGAUUCUUGGCCCAGGUUCUUGAGCACCCCGAUAGCGGACCUCUUCGAGAAGUUGUUGUCAACGAUGUGGAAUCUCUGAUCAAGAACUGUGGGGACAUGGGGUCCGAAAAUAAUGAUAAUCGUUAUGCCGCCAUCAUCAACGCCAUCAACAUCAUGCAUUCCACCUGCCAUUUUGAGAAUGAGAAAACCAGGGAAUGGAUGAAUAAAAAAGAACACAUGGCUUGGUUCAAGAUAGUUGGCCAGAAAUUGGAACAGCACUUGCGCACGAACACUCUCCCGCAAAACCUUCGUCUUGCAGCUGAGCAGGCUGGGGAGCAACUGAUGGUCAUUUUCACUAAGUUCCUUCAAUGUCACCCUAACGACGUCGACGAACUGUUCAAGCUGGUUGACUUGAUUACUGCCGAUAAGUUGAAGCUCAGCCAGACUCUUAUGAAGCAUAUCUACGAUCGAAUCAUCAGCUCGGAGAACACAGACUACUGCAAGGUGGUGGCCAUGCGCUCUCUCGAAGUAUAUGCUGGUAAGGCUGCAUCGCAGAAGACGAAGACAUUCCUGUUACACAACUUGGUCAACCCCAUCAUUGCGAUGGACGUGAUGCGGACGGCCAAGCACUCUACUUCAUCCAGAGGGGCUCAUCGCUUGAUGGACAAAGCACUCAUUGAGUCAAUCCACACCAAGGUCUGGAAGGUCGGCUUUGGCGAUACCAAUGACGAUUUGAUACAGCCAGGCAUCGACCAUACUCGUUUGGAAGUUUUGCAAUUGACAGCCAUGCUCGUCAAAUACCAUCACGCCAUUCUCCAAGAUGCCAGAAAAGAUAUCAUCAAGUUCGGCUGGACCUAUAUCCGCUUAGAGGAUGUGAUCAACAAACAUGCUGCUUACGUGGUAAUUGGCUACUUCAUUGCCCACUACGAGACUCCAGCCAAGAUAGUCCAGCAAGUGUACUUCUCGCUCUUGAAGACCAAUCAGAAUGAGGGCCGCACUCUGGUAACUCAGGCUUUAGAGCUGAUAGCCCCAGUCCUGCCAAAGCGCUGUAGCGCUGCUCCGGGGGAUCGCAACCCCGUCUGGGCAAUGGCUCCUCGGCGUAUCUUGGCAGAGGAGAGUCAGAACGUAUCCCAGAUGACCAGCAUCUUUAAUUUCCUAGUCAAGCAUGCAGAUCUCUUCUACGAGUCCAGAGACAAAUUUGUCAAUCUCAUCGUCAGCUCCCUUCGCAAGAUCUCACCACCCUCAAAUCCGUCCAACGAGAGUAAGAAGCUGGUUCUCAAUCUGAUGACCCUCAUAUGGCAAUGGGAGCAGAAGCGCGUUGAAAAUAAGAAUGCAUCACCUGUGCGUGCAUUAUCGGAAUCGCCAAACACCCUCAAGCGCAAGCUAGAGUCUCUCAACGACACUUCGAUGUCGUCGCCUUCGCCUUCCAAACCAGGCUCAUCUUCUGGAGCCGACAGACUCGAGUAUAAGAUCCCCCUUGUCAUGCAGCAGAAGAUGAUCAAGUACCUCGUCGAAUUUACUGCAUCACUUAGCGAACGCUUCCCACUCCCUUCUGAAAAACCCCGAGACUCGAGCGCCUUGCAGGCUCCCAUGCAGUCAGCGCCGCCGGUGGAAAUGUGCAAAAAGGCUAUUUCUCUCCUCCAUGGUCUUCUCCAACCGCAGUACUGGGGUGAAUCACUAGUCGACCUGUUUCCCAAUGUGACGGAAACAGUGUUGUCGAGUGAGAGAACCACUGCGGCUCUUGCCAGUGAGCUCUCAAACGAUGACAAGACGGAUGAGAAGUUCAUUACGAACAUGAUCAAUACCCUCCAGAUCGUGCGAAUCAUCGUCAACAUCAAAUCAAACGCAUGGAUCUUGCAGAACAUGACAAACCUUCAACGCAUACUGGAGAAGUCCUUAAAAUGCGAAAAUCCAGAAAUCCAGGACUGUUUGCACGCUGCAGAUGAGAAAAUGGACGAUGGACGGAUCUUGGAACCACUUCUGAAGCGUAUUCUUGACGCCAUACCUGAGGAUGUGCCCAUGGAAGAUGCCGAUGCUGAGGGAGAAGCUGAAGCAUCCACUUCUGAACUCGUCACCUUUCUCUCUGGUAUCGCCACUGAAAUGCUCUCGAACAACAACUAUAUCUCGGGCAUAAAUAUACUAUGGACACUAGCCCAGAGAAAGCCCUCUGAGAUGGAUCAGCACGUGCCCCAAAUCAUGAAGGCAUUGCAGUCCAAGCUAGCCCGAGAACAUGUGGCUCACUACAAUGCCAUUUCGGCCCAGCCUGGUCUUAUCACUCCAAUGCGCCCAGGCGAGCCCGAAAUGCCAGGCAGGAUGCAGCCAUAUGAUCUGGAAAUCCAGACGGGACUUAUGCUGAAGGCAAUUGAUGUCAUUUCGAUGAGAAUGGAUGUUCUUGGCGACAAUCGACGGCCUUUCUUGAGCGUUCUUGCUACAUUGGUUGAGAAGUCACUAAGCAAUACCCUGUGUCUCAAAAUUCUGGAUAUGGUUGAGACCUGGGUCUUCAAAUCCGAGGGCUCGUGGCCAACACUGAAGGAGAAGACUGCGGUUCUCCACAAGAUGCUGAAUUUUGAGAAUCGUCCCGAUCAGACGCUGCUGAUGAAGUUCUUGGAGCUUGUUAUCCGUAUUUACGAAGAUCCCAAGAUCACACGGACCGAAAUUACUGUUCGCCUGGAGCAUGCAUUCCUGAUUGGCACACGAGCCCAGGAUGUGGAUAUGCGGAACCGGUUCAUGACGAUCUUCAACCGCAGUCAAUCGAAGGAAGCCAGCGCUCGUCUUACAUAUGUCAUCAAUUCACAGAAUUGGGACACUCUUGCUGACUCCUACUGGCUUGCCCAGGCAUCUCAGCUGCUCCUUGGUGCUGUCGACAUGAACUACCCACUCCACCUCCAUCACGAGGACUUCAGAACCAUUCCAGCUUCAAACCUCUUUCAGACGUACUCGUAUGACAGCAGAUCUCCGGCCUUGCCGACGGAUGCAAAGUACGACUCUUUGCUACACUCUCACCGAAAAUUCCUUGCCGAGGUUGGAGAUGUGAGAGUGCGCGACGUGAUUGAGCCCCUUUCUCAGCUUCAACAUUUGGAUCCCAAUGUAGCACAUGAAAUUUGGGUUGCACUCUUCCCAAUGUACUGGGCUGCUCUACCCAAGGAUGAGCGAAGCGAAGUCGAGAGAGGAAUGGUUGCUCUGCUUACCAAGGAAUUUCAUUCCCGACAACUCGACAAGAGACCCAAUGUUGUUCAGUCCCUUCUGGAAGGCGCUGCGAAAUCUUGGCCAGACUGCAAGAUCCCCCCUCACGUUUUGAAGUUUGAGGCACGCACGUACAAUGCUUGGUACACAGCCCUUUGCCAGCUUGAAAAGGCAGCUAUCAAGCCAGAGCUCGACAGUGCACUUGUUCGUGAAAGCAAUCUCGAUGCACUCGUCGAGCUAUACUCAGGCCUGAAUGAGGACGAUCUCUUCUACGGAACAUGGCGACGACGAUGUUCCUACGUGGAGACAAAUGCUGCACUGUCGUAUGAGCAGAACGGAAUGUGGAUCAAGGCCCAGGCUGGUUAUGAAACUGCACAAAUCAAAGCUCGAACGGGUGCUCUGCCAUUUUCUCAAGGAGAGUACAUGUUGUGGGAAGAUCAUUGGGUUCUCUGUGCCACCAAGCUCCAGCAGUGGGAGAUUCUGUCCGAAUUUGCCAAGCACGAAAACUUCCAGGACCUGCUGCUUGAGUGCGCUUGGAAGCAGAUUGACAUGUGGAGCGCCGCCGAGAAUCGCGACACCCUGGACAAUCUCAUCAGAGGGGUCAUGGAUGCCCCAACACCCCGGAGAACAUUCUUCCAGGCUUUCAUGUCCCUGCUCAAGCUUCACAAUAAGACCGAGUCGCCCGCCGAGUUCAGCAAGGUCUGUGACGAGGCAAUCCAGUUGUCAAUCCGCAAAUGGCAUCAACUUCCGAAGCGCCUCACCAACGCACACAUCCCAUUGCUGCAAAACUUUCAACAGCUGGUGGAACUGCAUGAUGCGAGUAUCAUCUGCCAGAGUCUUGCCCAGACCAAUGUCCAGAAUCUUGAUGUCAAGUCGGGCGAGCUCAAACUACUCCUGGGUACAUGGCGCGACCGUCUGCCAAACGUGUGGGAUGAUAUCACCGCUUGGCAAGACCUGGUGACAUGGAGACAGCACAUCUUCGGUCUCAUCAACACAACAUACCUCAGUUUGAUUCCAGCGCAGGGCCAGAAUGCAAACGGAACAUCGUACGCUUACCGAGGGUUUCACGAGACGGCUUGGAUCAUCAACCGGUUCGCCCACGUUGCACGCAAGCAUCAGCUACGUGAUGUCUGCAUCAGUCAGUUGAGCAGAAUCUACUUGCUGCCAAAUAUUGAGAUUCAAGAGGCUUUCCUGAAGUUGCGAGAGCAGGCAAAGUGUCACUACCAGAACUCCAGCGAGCUCACCAAUGGAUUGGACGUCAUCAACAACACCAAUCUCAACUACUUUGGCGCGGGUCAGAAGGCUGAGUUUUACACUCUCAAGGGUAUGUUUCUGGAGAAACUGCAGCAGAAGGACGAAGCCCACGAAGCAUAUGGCAUGGCACUCUUCUUUGACAUCAAAUUACCAAAGGCUUGGGCAGAGUGGGGAAACUACAAUGAUCGGCUCUUCAAGGAGAAUCCUGGAGACUACACUAGCGCCAAGAAUGCCCUCAGCUGUUACUUGGAGGCGGCAGGCCUGUUUAAGAACGCCAAAUCUCGAAAGCUCCUUACACGAAUUCUUUGGCUUCUUAGUCUCGACGAUGCUGAAGGGACACUUUCGGCGCAGUUUGAUGACUUCAAGGGAGAAACACCCGUCUGGUACUGGAUCACCUUUAUACCCCAACUACUGACUGGACUUGGACACAAAGAGGCACCGAAGGCACAUAUUAUCCUUGCCAAGAUCGCCAAAGCUUACCCGCAGUCACUCUAUUUCCAGCUGCGAACCAACCGGGAAGACAUGCUUGCUAUCAAGAAGCAACAAGACGCCAAGUUAUCGGAGAAGGAGCGUCGCAUGAAGGCCAGAGCACAGGCCCAAGGUGGCGCGAACGGCGCGACUUCAAAUCCCACUGGAUCGCCCGUGGUGCAACGCCAAGAUAUCCCCAGUGAUGCUCUCCCAGACUCUGCUACUGGUUCUCGCUCUGCCACCACCAACUCCGAGGGUAAUGCCGCCGUCAAGAAGGAGCCUUCCGAUGGAAACGGAGAACCUGCACCUCCACCUCAAGCCGCAAAGAAAUUUCCGUGGGAGCAUACCGAGGAGAUCAUGGCGGUACUCAAGACCGCAUUCCCGCUUUUGGCGCUCUCUAUGGAAAACAUGGUCGACCAAAUCCAGAAGAACUUCAAGUGCUCUCCGGAUGAAGAUGCCUACCGUCUGAUUUCGGCUCUUCUCAAUGACGCUUUCAGUCACGUCGGCCGUGGACCCACCUCAUAUGCGCAAGAUGUCAAGCUUCCACCGUCUACGGACGCAAACAUUACUCGGUUCGCAGAUACCGUACUCCCGGCUCAUAUACGCACUUCCUUCGAAGCCGACUUUAUUCGAUGCAAGCCAACCAUGCACGAAUAUAUCCAAAAGUUGAGAAAGUGGCGCGACAAGUUUGAGGCGAAGCUCGACCGAAGAAAGACACAUGCUUACCUCGAGAGUUAUAGCCCCCACCUCAGCGAAUUCCGAUUCCUGAAGUAUGACGAGGUCGAAGUGCCUGGCCAAUACCUGCAGCACAAGGACAAGAACCAAGACUUUAUCCGGAUUGAGCGUUUCUUGCCGACGGUAGAUCUUGUCCGUUCUGUCGGUGUUUGUCAUCGUCGCAUCAGGAUUCGGGGCCACGAUGGUAGUAUACAUCCAUUCGCCAUCCAACACCCCGCUGCACGCCUGUGCAGACGUGAGGAGAGAAUCCUACAGCUCUUUAGACACUUCAAUGGAAUUCUGAGCAAGCGCAAGGAGAGUCGUCGUCGUAACCUCAACUUCCAUCUGCCACUCAUGGUUCCACUUGCACCUCACAUCCGAAUGGUGCAGGACGACCCGACUUAUAUCUCUUUGCAAGCUUUGUUUGACGACCAUUGCAGGAAGAGUGGUAUGUCAAAGGAUGAGCCGAUAGUGUUCACCAUGGAGCAGAUGAGGACGCUUGUCGAGUCGAAGAAAUCUCAUGACGAGAUUCUGCCUUCUAAGCUGGAGAUAUUUAGUGCCAUAACUCAUAAAUUGGUACCCAACGACAUUGCCCGAGACUACUUCCAGGCCGUGUACCCCGCGUACUCGGAAUAUUGGCUAUUUAGACGGCAAUUCUCGUACCAAUUCGCUGCACUCACAUUCAUGACAUACAUCCUCCACAUGCACCAGCGCAACCCGAACAAGCUCAAUAUCGCCCGUGGCACCGGAAACAUCUGGGGCUCGGAGCUGAUGUGCUGCAUGGCAGCUACAAAACCCAUCUUCCAUAACCCCGAGACCAUACCCUUCCGCCUCACGCCAAACCUACAAACGCUCAUGGGUCCCCUCGCGACAGAAGGCAUCUUCAGCUGUGCCAUCAUGGCCAUCGCGCGCUGCCUGACGGAGCCGGAGUACGAGCUCGAGCAACAGCUCAGCCUGUUUGUGCGCGACGAGAUGAUCCACUGGUUCACGAGCCAGUACCGGUCGGUGCCGAUGGUGGAUAGACAGUUAAGGGAAACGGUGCAGGCGAACAGCGAGGUCGUUGUCAAGAGGACCUUGAGUCUGGCGUCGACUCCGGUUGGGUCGUCGCUGCCUGCAAACCAGACGGUGAUCGAUUUGAUAGCCAAGGCAGUCAACCCGGUGAAUCUGGUGCAGACAGAAAUACUCUUCAUGCCAUAUCUAUGA